AUGGCGACUCAAGAAGGGACCUCGACUCCUCAGGAGCACAAUCCUCUAGAGCAUACUGUUCACCACCGUCUCAGAGCUAACUCGACUAUCAUGCAGCUCAACAAGAUCAUGGUAGCCAACCGAGGCGAGAUUCCUAUUCGUAUCUUUCGAACUGCUCACGAAUUAUCCCUCCAGACCGUAGCUAUCUACAGCUAUGAGGACAGAUUGGGCAUGCACCGACAGAAAGCUGAUGAAGCCUAUGUAAUCGGCAAACGCGGACAGUAUACUCCUGUUGCUGCCUACCUUGCUCAAGACGAGAUCAUCAAGAUCGCAAAAGAGCAUGGAGUUCAAAUGAUACAUCCUGGUUAUGGUUUCCUAUCCGAGAACGCAGAAUUUGCCAGAAAGGUCGAGGAGGCUGGUAUCAUAUUCAUUGGUCCUUCACACAAGACCAUCAACGAUCUCGGCGACAAAGUUUCAGCACGAAACCUGGCCAUGAAGGCCAAUGUUCCUGUCGUGCCUGGUACUGAAGGGCCUGUCGAGAAGUAUGAAGACGUCAAGAAGUUCACUGACGAAUACGGCUUUCCCAUCAUCAUCAAGGCAGCCUUUGGUGGUGGUGGCCGAGGUAUGCGAGUGGUCCGGGAUCAGGAGAAUCUCAAGGACUCCUUCGAAAGAGCCACUUCAGAAGCCAAAUCUGCUUUUGGCAAUGGUACUGUCUUCGUGGAGCGAUUCCUCGACAAGCCUAAGCAUAUUGAAGUCCAGCUUCUUGGUGACAAUCACGGCAACGUGGUGCACUUGUACGAACGAGACUGUUCGGUGCAGCGAAGACAUCAAAAGGUUGUCGAAAUUGCUCCAGCAAAGGAUCUACCACAAGAGACUAGGGAUGCUAUACUCAACGACGCAGUCAGAUUGGCCAAGUCUGCUGACUACCGCAAUGCCGGCACAGCCGAGUUCCUGGUCGAUCAACAAAAUCGUUACUACUUUAUCGAGAUCAAUCCACGAAUCCAGGUAGAGGUUACGGGUAUCGACAUCGUUGCUGCUCAAAUUCAGAUUGCCGCCGGUGCAAGUCUUGAACAGCUAGGUCUGACACAGGACCGAAUUUCGCUCCGAGGAUUCGCUUUUCAAUGCCGCAUCACAACAGAAGAUCCUGCAAAUGGCUUCUCCCCAGACACUGGCAAGAUUGAGGUCUACCGAUCUGCAGGUGGCAAUGGUGUUCGUCUCGAUGGCGGUAACGGUUUCGCAGGUGCUAUCAUCACUCCUCAUUACGACUCUAUGCUUGUCAAAUGUACUUGCAGAGGAUCAACGUACGAGAUAGUCCGCAGGAAGAUGCUACGAGCCUUGGUCGAGUUCCGUAUUCGUGGUGUUAAGACAAAUAUUCCGUUCUUGGCCUCCCUGCUCACACAUCCCACUUUCGUCGAAGGUAAAUGCUGGACCACCUUCAUUGAUGACACACCGGAACUGUUCAAAUUGGUUGGCAGCCAAAAUCGUGCCCAAAAGCUGUUGCAAUAUCUCGGCGAUCUGGCCGUCAACGGAAGUCAGAUCAAGGGUCAAAUUGGAGACUCCAAGUUCAGGGGCGACAUUAUCUACCCAACUCUUCAUGACUCUAACGGUAAGGAACUUGAUGUCUCGCAGCCCCCUACCAGAGGCUGGAAGAAAAUCAUCGACGAACAAGGACCUGAUGCAUGGGCCAAAGCUGUCAGAGCCAACAAGGGAUGCCUCCUCAUGGACACAACGUGGCGCGACGCUCAUCAAUCUCUACUUGCGACGAGGGUCCGGACCGUCGACCUAUGCAACAUCGCCAAGCAGACAUCUCAUGCUCUAGACAACGCCUGGGCUCUAGAGUGCUGGGGUGGUGCCACUUUCGACGUCGCCAUGCGAUUCUUAUACGAAGAUCCAUGGGAUAGACUGAGGAAGAUGAGGAAAUUGGUUCCCAACAUUCCAUUCCAAAUGUUGCUCAGAGGAGCAAACGGUGUGGCAUACAAAUCCCUUCCUGAUAAUGCUAUCUACCACUUCUGCAAACAGGCUAAGAAGAAUGGCAUGGACAUUUUCAGAGUCUUUGAUGCCCUCAACGACAUUGACCAGCUCGAGGUAGGCAUGAAGGCUGUGCAAGAAGCCGGUGGUGUUGUCGAAGAUGGUGUCUAUGCUAACAACUAUACAGUGUUGAACCCAAAGAAGAAGUACAACCUCGAGUACUACAUGAACCUCGUCGACAAGAUCGUCAAGAUCGGAACGCACGCUCUAGGCAUCAAGGAUAUGGCUGGUGUCCUCAAGCCGAAGGCGGCUCGAAUCCUCAUUGGCACAAUCCGUGAGAAGUACCCAGACCUACCAAUCCAUGUUCAUACGCAUGACUCUGCCGGCACUGGCGUUGCCUCGAUGGUGGCUUGUGCACAAGCUGGUGCAGAUGCCGUUGACGCUGCAUCCGACAGCAUGUCCGGUAUGACAUCCCAGCCCAGCAUUGGUGCCAUUCUUGCAUCUCUUGAGGGCACCGACCUCGAUCCCGGUCUCAACGGCGAAAAUGUACGAGCUCUCGAUACCUAUUGGUCCCAGCUCAGACUCGUCUACUCACCCUUCGAAGCUCACCUACUAGGUCCUGAUCCUUCCGUUUACGAGCACGAAAUUCCUGGGGGACAAUUAACGAACCUUAUCUUUCAGUCUACACAGCUCGGUCUAGGCGCUCAAUGGCUUGAAACCAAGAAAGCAUACGAGGAGGCAAAUGAUUUGCUUGGUGAUAUUGUCAAAGUUACUCCUACCUCGAAGGUUGUUGGUGAUCUUGCACAAUUUAUGGUGACCAACAAAUUGUCAUACCAGGAUGUGCAGAAGAAGGCGAAAGAGCUUGACUUCCCUGGCUCCAUUCUGGAAUUCUUCGAGGGCUUGAUGGGCCAACCCUACGGCGGCUUCCCUGAGCCACUUCGAUCUGAUGCACUGCGAGACCGUCGCAAGAUGGACAAACGUCCAGGCCUCUACCUCGAUCCUGUUGACUUUCCAUCAAUCAGAAAAGAACUCAAGGAGAAGUUCAACACUAGCAGCGAAACCGAUAUUGCAAGCUAUGUCAUGUACCCGAAAGUGUUCGAAGAGUAUCGCGGGUUCCUGGACAAGUACGGUGACCUUUCCGUGUUGCCAACGAAGUUCUUCCUCAACAGACCCGAGAUUGGGGAAGAAUUCCACGUGGAACUCGAGAAAGGCAAAACACUCAUCUUGAAGCUUCUUGCUAUUGGCCCGCUGUCGGAUGAGACUGGUCAACGCGAAGUUUUCUACGAGCUCAAUGGAGAAGUUCGGCAAGUCACGAUAGACGACAACAAGGCAGCUGUGGAGAACACAAGUCGACCAAAGGCUGAUCCGGGUGACAGCAGCCAGGUUGGUGCUCCAAUUGCUGGUGUGCUUGUCGAGAUUCGCGUUCACGAAGGAUCCGACGUCAAGAAAGGUGACCCUAUCGCAGUCAUGAGUGCCAUGAAGAUGGAAAUGGUCGUCAGUGCACCACACUCUGGUAAGGUCACUAAUCUGGGUGUAAAGGAGGGUGAUUCGGUUGCGGGUUCUGAUCUCAUCUGUAAGAUCGAGAAGUGA